ACAGAAGCUAAACUUAACCGGAAGUUAUCUCUUGUUACUUUCACAGUAAAAUACUUCAUAACACAUUUAAAAUUGGAAUACUUUAUUUUGGGAAUUGAAUGAAAAGUUAACCGAGCGUCUUCACCAUAAUGUGUUGUACUUGAUGUUUGUGUAACUAAUGUAGUUGCACUCAUUUGGCCGCGAUAUCUAUUUGUGGCUGUGUGUGCUUGGAGGAAUCUGGUCCUGUUUUUUGGUCUAGCAGCUUCUUUUUGCGGUCGAAAAGGGCUACUAUGGCACACGCCUGCGCACUUUCAAAUGAGUAUUUCAUGAAGUAUUGUCGUUAGGCCUUGUCGGGUUAUUUCCACCCCUCUGUCUGUGGUUAACAAAUCCCCCAGUAGAAAUGUCUCUGGAGGAGUAUGAGAGACAUUUCGACUCGCUAAACUCGGAUUUAGGCGGCGGGUCUGUGGUCAGCGAGCGAUCAGCUUCAGGCACAUUUAAUGGCGAGGAGGAGAAACUGCAUUACAUUCCUAUCAGGAUCCUCGGAAAGGGGGCGUUUGGUGAAGCUACUCUGUACAGAAGAACAGAGGAUAAUUCCCUCGUUGUGUGGAAGGAGGUGGACCUGAACUCGCUCUCGGAAAAGACGCGCCGAGAUGUCAUGAAUGAAAUAAGCAUCCUCUCCAUACUGGAGCACAACAACAUCAUAGCAUACUUUAAUCACUUCAUGGAUAAAAACACUCUGCUGAUUGAGAUGGAGUACUGCAAUGGAGGAAAUCUGAAUGACAAAAUCAUCCAGCAGAGAGGAAAACUUUUCUCCGAAGAGAUUGUUAUAUGGUACUUGUACCAAAUCACCUCAGCAGUGGCCUACAUUCACAAGGCUGGGGUCAUACACAGAGAUAUCAAAACUCUGAAUAUUUUCCUAACAAAAACCAACCUCAUGAAACUGGGAGAUUAUGGCCUUGCAAAGAAGCUAGACUCUGAGUUUUCAAUGGCAGAGACAUGUGUGGGAACUCCUUAUUACAUGUCACCUGAACUAUGCCAGGGUGCGAAGUACAACUUCAAGUCAGACAUUUGGGCCAUGGGUUGUGUCCUCUUUGAAGUCUUGACUCUUAGAAAGACAUUUGAUGCCACGAACCCUUUAAACCUCUGCGUUAAAAUCGUCCAAGGAAACUGGACCAUGGAUGUGAACACAGAUUGUUACACCAGUGGAUUGAUCCAGUUAGUGUACGAGUGCCUCAAUCAAGAUCCUACAAAGAGGCCAACAGCUGAUGAAAUCCUGGACCAGCCUAUCAUCUCCUGCCUCCGACAGGAGCUUGAGGAGCGAGUUGUUAUGCUGAAUUCGGCAAUGAAGAAACCUAAGCUGAACACAGCGAGUGAAACUCCUGUUGCCGUCGUGACGACACGCUCACGGGAGGUUUAUUACUGGGGAGGAGGGAAAUUCACCCCCCAGAAACUCGACUCGUUCAAAGCUGGCAGCAGCCCCCAACAUGUGUGUGCAGGAGAAAAUCAUUUUGCAGUGGUGACUGUGGAAAAGGAGCUGUACACAUGGGCUGAUGUGCAAGGAGGAGCAAAGAUGGUGGGCCAGCUGGGGCACGGGGACCAGGCGUCGUACCGGCAGCCAAAGAGGUUGGAGAAGCUUCAGGGGAAGGCAAUCCGGCAGGUUGCAUGUGGGGCCGACUUCACUGCCUGUGUAACGGACGAAGAUCAGCUGUACAUGUUCGGGUCAGACUAUUACGGCUGCAUUGGUGUUGAUCGUGAUAUGGGCAAUGAAGUUUUGGAGCCGGUGCUUCUGGUGUUUUUCGAGGAGCGUCGUGUCCGCCAGGUUUCCUGUGGAGACAACCAUGUUGUGGUGCUGACCCAGAACGGUAGCAUCUACUCAUGGGGCUGUGGAGAGUACGGGCGUCUCGGCCUAGAGUGUGAGGAUGAUUUCUCCUCUCCGAUGAAAGUGGAAGUUCCUAGAGGUGCCAGCAUUUCCUCAGUAUCAUGUGGCAGCGAUGGCACCUUCUUUCUAACAGAGAUGGGGAAAGUGUUGGCAUGUGGAAACAAUGAUUUCAACAAGCUGGGGUUGAACCAGGGCAUCUCUGGUAUCAAAAACCACUCAGGAGAGGCUUACCAGGGGAUACCAUACAUCACCACUCUAACCUUGGUCAAACAGCUGUCCCGCUUCAAAAUCCAAGUCAUAGCUCCUGGGAAGACCCAUACAGCUGCCAUUGAUGAACGAGGUCGUCUGAUCACUUUUGGUUGCAACAAGUACGGGCAGCUAGGUGUGAAAGACUUCAAGCGCCACCAAGGUGUCCAGGUCCUUGUUGGACCAUUUGGAGGGAAGACUGUAAGCAAAGUGUCUUGUGGAGAUGGAUUCACCAUUGCAGCCACUGAAGACAGCCAGAUCUUUGCAUGGGGAAAUGCAGGAAAUGGGAGACUUGGAAUGCCUGCAGAUAAAGGAUUUGGUUCCGAGGUUUGCCCUGCCAUGCCAAGGCCAAUAUUUGGUUCCCUUCACCAUGUACCUGACCUCUCCUGCCGUGGCUGGUAUACCAUUAUCAUAAUGGAAAAAGUGCUCAACUCGAAAACCAUCCGUUCAAACAGCAGUGGAAUAUCAAUUGGGCUUGGUCAGGAGGCGUUGACGUCAAUGGAGGACCUGGACGUAGAGCCUGGAUUGGAAACAGAAUGUCGUGACGGUAGUCUUGGGGGAACUCGAGAAGUAAACACAGAGGACCUCCUAGAAGCACCAAUGAUGACAUUUGGAAACCAAACUGGGGACAGUUCUUGUCCUCUGUGGCUUAGAAAGGAACUUGAGGAUGCAGAAUUUAUCCCAAUGCCAGAUGAGUCUGAACAGUCUGAUCAAGGCCAGCUCGCCUCCUUUUCUAAAAGCGUAACUCAGCCGUAUGAAGAGCUGAAAGAGCUCAAGGCAGCAGCAGAAGCUGUUACCAACGAGACAAGACGGAUGAGCUACGACAAAGUAAAAUGUUUGGAUGGGGGCACAAAUGGAGAAUAUGGUGCCUGCUGCAAAGCAAGCAGUGAGGUGGCUCAGCUGAAAGAAACACUUGCCCAUCAAGAGAAGAGGAUUGAAGUGCUUGAGAAACAGAUCAAGGAGCAGCAGAAGGAAAACGAACGGCUUUGGGCAGCAAUCAAUCGCUCCAAGCUGCAGGAAAAAGAUCGAGACAGAAACGGAAACCGUCGUUCUGAACCAAUGUCGAGCAAAGGAGGGAGUGGGAGAAGAUCUGGAUUUACAAAUCACGGCGGCAGAUCAGCUGGAGCCAGCGUGUGAGGUUAAAAACAGACACAUGAUGAUACAGUUUUACACGAUGUAAUGUGCAUUACAUGCACACCUGCUUUCUCCGGGGUGUAUUGAACCAGCUUGUUUCAGCACACUGAAAUGUUGGCUGUAUUCAACAUGAACCAGCAAAGCUUAAUAUCUGUGAGACAAUCUGACGACCGGGUUGUCAAGCAGUCUGGAUGUCAGAUCUGCCUCUGAACGGCUUCUGCACCGAGUCUUCAGUUAGUUGGGACUCAAAUAUUUGUGUUUAUUCACAUAACAGUGAAGACCAGCUCCUUCAACUGUUUGCUAAUGAAUCCCACGUGAGAAGGUGAGCAGCUUGUGAGAACACAGGACUUUCUUAUAAAUCACACAUUUUCACUGUGUGGAUUAUCUUCAGUGGCCUUAACAAUAUAGCCUCUUUAAAUAUAUAUAUUUAACAUCUUGCCUUUCAGUUAGAUAUAUAUUACUUCAAAACUUGCAUGUUCUGUUUAAAAAAAGGAAUUGUGUGAAAACACAAUAAAACUACUGAUUUAUUUUUGUAACAUAUUUAUGCCUCUUGAGUUCUUAAAUUCAGCAUGUGUCUGUUUACUUUGGGAGUUCUGAACACUUGAACAGUUUCUCUGAGCUUUAUUACAUGUGAUCCUUAUAACAUUUAUUUUACACCUGACCCUGCUAGAAGUUUUCCUUUGUUGCUUUUCAAGGCUAUUUUUCUUGUGUACUUUCUGAAUGUGUAUUGUACCCUUUUCUGCAUCUUUCAUAAAAGAACUGUUUUGUUGGACUCUGUAUGCUAUUUGUUUUUAUUUGGGGAAGCUUGGGUUUGCUUUUGACAUAUAUGUACAGUAGGUCCACCCUCCAAUUUCUCUGGAGAUGGAGGAUUUUCAUCCGUUUGCAGGUGAUUCCUCAGAUCUUUUGGGAUCACCAUCUUGAUGUUGGUUUAAUUCAUUUUACCAUCUAGACUUGUUUUUUUUUUUCUAUUGUCAUUUUCUCUUCUUUUAAACAGCUGACAGUACCGCUUUGCUUAGUACAAUAUUGUGUAAUAAUGCAACAGACCGUGUAUUUUGGACUUUUCUAUCUAAUUUUACUUCUAUUUCUACAGCAGAUGUGUAGAAUUUUUUAAUUCAUAAAAUGCUUUUUUUUUUCUUAUUGUGUUUGUGUUUACUUUGAGCACUUUAUCUUGUAUCCUUUUGAAUUUCUAAGGAAAUAUUUUGUUAUGAAACUUAUGACCAGGACUGUUUCUUUGUCUUCAAAGCUAAUAAACCUCAACUCGUGGGGAUGUGAGCUGUCUGCAGUGUACACUUGUGGUAUAUCUGUGCAGUAAACUGCAGCAACCCAAUGAAUUUAGAAAGUUUGCAGAUAUCACAAUACUGUGCCUUUGGUGAGAUCUUUUAUUUGGCUGUUUUAGCCUUUAAUGUUCUAUUAUUGCUUCUGUCCACUUAUAUUUCAUCGUGACUCUGUUUCUUUUGUUUUGUGUACAAGUCAGAAAUACGGUAAAUAAUAAUAAAAAAGCUGCUUAAAGCAGUAAAAAUU